AGUGAGUUUCUCCCUCAGACUCCAUUUUGUGGAGCAGUUGGAAAAGAUUUAUUUUUUAAACCUUAAGGCAGUUAAGGUGAUAUUAAUGUCACACAACGAGGACUAUUGACUAAAGGAUUGUGCUCCAUUCCAGCAGAAGAGAUCAGACUCUUCAGGACAAACGUUACUAAUUUUCAAAGAUGGAGACUCCUGAUCUGGACACAGAUAAUGUUUCCCCACACUCAAAAACCAGUAAACUCCAGGGAGAGAGAUCAGAAUCACCAGCACCCAGCUGUAUCUCCAUGAAGAGUGAUGAGUCUAUGGACACUCCUCUGAGGUUUAAAGGUGGAGACUCCUCACUUCUACAUAGUGUUCCACAGAGAGCAGGAGACAGAAUAGAAAAGAACAUCAUCACAGAUACAGGGCACGACCCAGAAUCUGCUGCUGUGAAUGAAUUCCAGAAAAAGUUGAAAUUAAAUCUGAUGAAGAAGUUUGAGUGUUUGAAUGGAGUGAUAAUAAACCUGGGAAACCAAACACUCCUGAAUGAGAUCUACACAGAGCUCUACAUCACAGAGGGAGACAGUGGAGAAGUCAAUAAAGAACAUGAGGUGAGACAGAUCGAGGCAGCAUCCAGGAGAACAACAACAGAGGAAACACCAAUCAAAUGCAAUGACAUCUUUAAGCCCUUAUCUGAACAAGACAAACCCAUCAGAACUGUGCUGACAAAGGGAGUCGCUGGCAUCGGAAAAACAGUCUCUGUGCAGAAGUUCAUUCUGGACUGGGCUGAAGGGAAAGCAAAUCAGGACAUCCACCUCAUAUUUCCACUUCCUUUCAGAGAGCUGAAUCUGAUGAAGGACCAGAAACUGAGUCUGAUGGAGCUCCUUCAUGUCUGUUUUAAUGAAACAAAAGAAACAGAAAUGUCCAGUUUGGAAAAGGUUCUGUUCAUUUUUGACGGAUUGGACGAGUAUCGUUUUCCUCUAGAUUUCCAGAACACAGUGAGAGUGUGUGAUGUAACUGAAUCAGCAUCAGUGCAUGUGCUGUUGAUAAACCUGAUCAAAGGGAAUCUGCUUCCCUCUGCUCUCAUCUGGAUCACCUCCCGACCAGCAGCAGCUGAUCAAAUCCCCUCUGAGUGUGUCCAUCGAGUCACAGAGGUACGAGGGUUCAAUGACCCACAGAAGGAGGAGUACUUCAGGAAGAGGAUCAGUGAUCAGAGCCUGGCCAAUGACAUCAUCACACACCUGAAGUCAUUAAGAAGCCUCUACAUCAUGUGUCACAUCCCAGUCUUCUGCUGGAUUUCAGCCACUGUUCUAGAGAGAAUGUUGGGUGAAGCAGAGAGUGGAGAGAUCCCCAAGACUCUGACUCAAAUGUACACACACUUCCUCAUCAUUCAGACAAACAUCAUAAGAGUAAAGUACUCAAAGAAGCAGGAGAGUGAUGAAGAAAUGUUUCUUAAACUGGGACAACUGGCUUUUCAGCAGCUGAAGAAAGGGAACCUGAUCUUCUAUGAGGAAGACCUGAGAGAGUGUGGUAUUGAUGUGAGAGAAGCGGCAGUGUACUCAGGUGUGUGCACGCAGAUCUUCAGAGAGGAGUUUGGGCUUCACCAGAGUAAAGUGUACUGCUUUGUUCAUCUGAGCAUUCAGGAGCACCUCGCAGCUCUGUAUGUGCACCUGACAUUCAUGAUGGAAAAGAGAAAUGUUCUUAAUCAUAAUCAGGUCUCUAAAUGGUGGAUGGAAAAAAUGACAAUCUCAGAUGUACACUAUAGUGCUGUAGAUCAGACUUUACAAAGUCAGACUGGACAUCUGGAUCUUUUCCUUCGCUUUCUUCUGGGUCUCUCACUGAAGUCCAAUCAGAAACUCUUACAUGCAUUUGUACCACAGACAGGAAGUAGCUCCCAGAGCAAAGAGGAAACAGUUCAGUACAUUAAGAUGAAGAUCAGUGAAGAUCUUCCUCCAGAGAAAUCCAUCAAUCUGUUCCACUGUCUGAAUGAACUGGGUGAUAAUUCUCUAGUGGAGGAAAUCCAACACUACCUGAAAUCUGGAAAACAAAGUGAACUCUCUUCUUCACAGUGGUCUGCUCUGGUGUUUGUGUUACUGACAUCAGCACAGGAUCUGGAAGAAUUUGACCUGAGUAAAUAUAUCAGUACAGAUAAGAUAACAGAAACUGUUCUUCUGAAGAUGAUGCCUGUGAUUGCAGCCUCCAGAAAAGCAAUUAUCAGGUGUGAUUCACUUGGAGUGAGAAGUUGGUCAGCUCUGGUCUCAGCACUCAGCUCAGAAACCUCCAAUCUGAGAGAACUGCAUCUGACUGUGAAAACACUGGAUCUGUAUGGGGUUAAACUAGGAGACUCAGGAGUGAAGAGUCUCUGUGCUGUACUGGAGAAUCCUCACUGUAAAGUGGAGACACUGAGGUUGCGUGAUUGUGGGGUCUCAGAUGAAGGCUGUGCUGCUCUGACUUCAGCUCUGAGAUCAAACCCCUCACACCUGAGAGAUCUGGAUCUGUCCUUUAAUAAUGUAGGAGACUCAGGAGUGAAGAGUCUCUCUGUUGUACUGGAGAAUCCUCUCUGUAAACUGGAGAUACUGAGGUUGCAUGGUUGUGGUGUAUCAGAUGAAGGCUGUGCUGCUCUGACUUCAGCUCUGAGAUCAAACCCCUCACACCUGAGAGACCUGAAUCUGUCCUAUAAUAAUGUAGGAGACUCAGGAGUGAAGAGUCUCUCUGCUGUACUGGAGAAUCCUCUCUGUAAACUGGAGACACUGAGGUUGUGUGAUUGUGGUGUCUCAGAUGAAGGCUGUGCUGCUCUGACUUCAGCUCUGAGAUCAAACCCCUCACACCUGAGAGAACUGAAUCUGUCCUAUAAUAAUGUAGGAGACUCAGGAGUGAAGAGUCUCUCUGCUGUACUGGAGAAUCCUCUCUGUAAACUGGAGACACUAUGGUUGUAUAAUUGUGGUGUAUCAGAUGAAGGCUGUGCUGCUCUGACUUCAGCUCUGAGAUCAAACCCCUCACACCUGAGAGACCUGAAUCUGUCCUAUAAUAAUGUAGCAGACUCAGGAGUGAAGAGUCUCUCUGCUCUUAAGUAUGAUAAACAUUGCAAACUACAGACACUGUGGAUUUGAUGAACAACUGUGGAUAGGAACAGUGGACAGGAAAUGUCCAAAUGUCCAGAAAAUGGACAGGAACAGUUUCAAGACAUUGGUGGAAUUCUGACUUGACAGGAUUGGCAUCUGAGGAGUUUAUCUGAGUUGUUUAUCUGUGGAAGCCUGUAGGAGACUCCCUACAGGUCACAUUCAUCACUUUGUCCUUUGGUUAAUUAGUGUAGCAGUGCUGUUUUACUAAAUAUCAACACUCUUGGAACACUGCUUAUCCAAUCAAAUUAAUGGACCAGAACUAACUAUUGUAUAAUAUAGUUUUAAUGGUUUAUGUGAUUUUUUCUGUGUUUAUGUGAAUAAUAUUUGUUUAGUAAUUUUAAUAUGUUUUAAUAUCUUUACAAAUUGACGUGGCAAACAAUUUUUUCAGCCUAAGUCAAAAAACUUCAGAGACAGAGCGUUAGUAGAUGUCAAAAGUAAUUAAACUUUAUUGAAACAAUAAAGUGAGACAGUCUGCAGAAAGUCUAAAUUAUACGAACACACACAGCCCUUUUUAUACCUUUCUCCACAGUGUACUCAUCUUAGGUGUGGUUUUGCCUUUUCUCAUUAAAAACAGACUUUCUUCGCCACAAUGAAUUAUUCAUGUCUAUGUAAUCUUAAAUUUGUGUAGCAUGUGCAGUUAGUUAUUUUUCUUGAAAAGGUUUUAUGAGGACAAGAUUUCUUUUAAAAAAAGGUUUCAUUCAGACAGUCUUUGUUUUUUUUUUCUCUCUGACCAACACUCCCUACUUAUGUCUCAAUGAGUUUCUGUCUGUUUUUAUCUGCUGUCCUAGCUGAUAUCUACCUCCCUUCCUGAGGCCCUCUCCUAACUCCUUAAUUGGUAUUGGGCCUCAAGUUUAUUUACUUACAAAAGACAUUUCAGCAAAUAUCUAAUGCCGGUUUAUUGCUGUGCAGAAAAGUGCAGGCUGAUACAGAAGAACAAUUAUUGCACAGUGUUACGCCACCGCCGGCAUAUGGCGCUGCGGCACGGCGUCUAAAUGGACACGUGACUUUGUGUUGGUUUGUUCGCGUCCUGCUUAGACAUUGACCUACGUUUGAGUAAGUCUUUGAUUUGCCCCAGGUGUCCAUGCUUUAGUUUGAUUAUGUUGACUAUUUAAACCCCUCGGUGACUGCCCACUUCGUGCAGUAUUAUAUGUUGUAACGUUCAGCGAGUAUAGCUAUAGCACCGUGUGUGAAUGCAGUAGCUAAUGCGUGUAGCAUGCUAGCGGUCUCAUGUCUCUGUUCUGUUCUCGAGUGAUGCCUAAACUAUAGUCCCAUGUUUACUCCAGUUGAUCUUAUUCAGUAUAGACCGCGUUCCCUGUGUUUGUUUAUUUGUUUGAUUGUUUAUUACAAAAGACAGCGCUCCUGCGCCUACUUGCUGAUUACACAGCCCCGUGUGUAUCGUUACAUACAGUAAGACACAGAAUUCAUCUA